AACUAACAAAUGUUACUAAGGUGUUUGACAGAUGACAGCAAUUGUCACUUUGCGACGAUGGCGAAGGUUUUUAAGAAAUUAAAAUUAGAAUAAAAAUACACGAAAUUAAUAUAAACAAAUGACCAGAAAUGACAAAAAUGGUAAUUACGAAGACGAAAAAGUAAUUUAAUUAUGGAAUCGCCCCCUUCAAGCACAACAUGGUCCGAAGCUUUUGUUUUAAGUGAUGACAGUGGUCUUUUGUUAACAAAUAGUUCUAUAUCUAGUGGUAGUAUGAGUGGAGAUAGUAGAAGUGGCCCUAAUCGUUUACACAUAGAGGAUAGUGAUUGCGAAGAAAAAUCCUUUUCACAAGAUUCUUUAGAUGGUAUGUCAGAUAUUAUGUGUGGAGAGAACUUCAACACUUUAAAGAAAGGCCCUAAUUGGAUGGACUACUCGCUGAAACAUUCCUCUCCCAUAGAGCCCCCCUUAGAGUUUCAAGACAAACCACCCUCUGACAUACUAGAUAGCUUCUUUGACCAAUUCGCAAGCCAAAUCUUAAGCAAAGCAUUUGAAGAAUAUAAAGACAUUGAGUUAAGGAGGAUGAAAAUUUUGAAUUAUUUUCACCGCCCUUCGCAUCAUUUAUUACUAGGACGACCGUAUUACACAUCUGAGUUCAUCUCAUACAGCCCAUGCCAUGGUAGGCCUGGUUCAAGGAGCUCUCUUGGUUCUUCACGUCUUUCAAGUUCACAUAACUCUUUGUCCGUCCCUGCUGCACACAAAGUUGAUGAUUCGAGCUUUAUAACGCAGGCAGUCUCGCAUGAUACGCUUUCUUCAAACCAAAUAAGCGAUUUGUACAAUGUACCCUUUGACAGUGAUAUGUAUGCCGUUCCGGUGGAUGUUAUUAAACCACCACUAAAGCCCAAAAGACACCAGCAGAAUAAAAAGAGGCGGAGGAAUACGUCGUCGGGGUGCCGGGAAAUUGAAGCGAGGCAGUGCAGGAUUAUCUCAAGCAAGAAAAAUACCUUGAAGGCCGAAAGGUAUCAUUGGUGUUUACAUAAAGAAAACAAACGUCACAGUGUUGCUGGUACGUCCGCACCGAUCGAAGGGGAACCGAUCCACAUGACUUUGCAAGAAGUGAGGCAUUAUCUCCAAACGUUGUAUUCAAGUUCAUCUGAUUCAUCCGAUCACAAAGAGCGCAGUUGCAGACCGAAACAUCCAUUGAUAAUAACCGAAAACAAAUACACAACGGAACAAAACAAUUCGCCGGUGAAGAGAGAAACGAUUUGUGCCGCGAACACGAACGGAAGAACAAAAAAGAGCACAUUCCUUAUUAACAUUAAGAAUAAAAAAGUUAAAGACUCCUGUGAUAAUGUCGGCAAACAAAUAAAUAUUUCGCAAACGAGUAAACCAGAUAAGCGCAAAAAGACACCAGCGAAGUUGUUCUCGUUUAAGCAGACUUUAUGCAAUAUGUUUAGGUUUAAAAGGUUUUUAUCGCCCGAACACGUUAAAUGUGAUGUUAGCGACGUACAAGAAAAAUCGAAUUAUAUUAGCAACGCCAGUUUGGCGGAGGAAACACACAAUAACAUAUCUUGUAGGGCAUUGCCGCCUUUGCCUUUCAAAGAAGAGGAGAAAGCAGAUGAACAGAUUUUAGAUUUCGCCACUAGUAUCCAAAGAGUUAAAGACUAUGGUUGGUAUUGGGGUCCAUUGCCGAGCGAGGUUGCCGAAAAAAUACUGUCCAACGAACCAGACGGAUCCUUUAUUGUACGUGAUAGUAGCGACGAUCAUUAUAUUUUUUCACUAACUUUUAAACUGAAUAAUUGUGUUAGACAUGUCAGAAUUGAUCACGAUCAGGGUAAUUUUAGUUUCGGUAGUUGUACAAAGUUCAAGUCGCAAACAAUCGUAGAAUUUAUAGAAAAUGCGGUUGAACAUUCUCGUAGUGGUAGGUAUUUGUUCUUUUUGCAUCGAAGGCCGGUGAUUGGUCCAGUUAGAGUGCAGUUGUUACAUCCGGUAUCGAGAUUUAAGCAAGUACAGAGCCUACAGCACAUUUGCAGAUUUGCAAUCCACAAAGUGGUUCGCCGGGAUCUGAUUCCCAGUCUUCCAUUACCGAGAAGAAUGAUUGAUUAUUUGAACACUCCACAUUAUUAUUCAGAGCAUCUGAUAGAUGUAGAAGAUACAAGUAAUGAACAAGUCCCUCCUAGAAUUCCCACUCCAGCGAUACGACGCGAUUAUCAGGAAGAAGAAGUCCAAGCACCUAUCGUUUCCAACGUACCUCUAAAUAAUUAUGUUGUUUUAAAUAACACUAAUCCUCGACAAUCCUGAGGUUUUCACUUUCUUUCAUAUUUAUAGUUAUUUAUUAUUUUGUUUUGUUAAAUUUGUGCAAUUAAUUUUCAGACCAAAGUUUUAAUGUGAUUUUAGUAUUGUUAUGCUUGGAAGUCAGCCGUAGUUUUUAAGCCAAUAACUUAUUUAUAAGGAAGCAAACGCACAUGAUAGUAGUUAAGUCAGAAAAUAACGUAUUUCUUAUUAGGUUGUGAACAUGUUAGUCACAAUAAGGGGUUUGGCGCGCUAGACAAGACUAAACAAACCCCUAAUGUGAAUGGACGCUACUGUAUUUAUUUCAUCUAUAGCUUAGGUUCCUAACAGAUUAAGUUUAUGGUUUAACUGUUAUUCAGAAGUAAUAUAUUGAAAUAAAUUUUUUUCUCACUAAA